CCAGAGUGGGCUCGUAAAGGCAAAGAACGGGGCCCUCUUAUCGGAAGACCGAAAGAAAAAGCCGAGGAAAAACCGAAAACUAAACCAAAGCCCGAAUGGACGAAGACCUCUCUACGAAAGAAAGACACAAGCAAACAGGCAGAUACACAGUCUGAAUAUUGGAAAGAGGCAAGACCUGACUGGGCAAAAGGAAAGGGGCCAUUAUCUAAAACUAAUGAGGGAACUUUAAAAUCUCUUGAAAAAUCAAAAGCAGCAAAAGAUGAGAUAUGGGAGGAGGUGCGUCCCGAUUGGGCCAAGGGGAAAAGUCCCGUCGAUAAACCAAAGGACAGUCUCAUAAAGGAACUAGAAAAGAAAGCAUCUUCAAAAAAGAAAGAUAUAUGGGAAGACGAGCGGCCAGAUUGGAGCAAAGAAAACAGUCCUGUAGUUAAGCCAAGCGCAAAGGACAUUCGGAAUAUUGAAGAAAAGAAGAAAUAUGGUUAUCCCACACCUGAGUGGACAUCGCGCGUCCGGAGCAAACACAAGGUGAGAUGGACUCUUUUCUCCUCCGCAGAGGCUCUCACUGAGAAGUUCAAACAUAAAAUACAUGUAAAAAUAAUUGAAAAAUAGUGCGCGCGAGGGGAGCGAAGCAAAGAAGAAAUUCAGUUAAAAAAUGGAGGGAGCCUCUGUUCUUCACUUUCCCUUCCCACAAUCCACCGCGCGUUUUCGUUUCCCCUCUCCUUGUCAUUCUCUAGCUUGCGAACAAGCUCUCCUAUUUGGGCGAGCGAAGCGAACCGCGAGGGGUGCGUACUUCUCGUGCGUCUACUUUUCACGAUGGCCCCCAAAUGGAGAGCCAGGCUAGUCACUCUAGUGAAGCACAUAGGCAACGGAGAGGAAAAAAUGACGGGCUUGAAACAGGGAUUACUCUCGUUUUGGGAGGGACGAGGUACUCGUCGGAAAUUAGAAUAGUCCUUUUAGUACUGGCCUAUACGGGAAGGCUCCGCCCGAGAGGGGCACUUUUUUCAGGACUGUGGCAUAUGAAUGGAUAGGGAUUUCACUAGUUGAAGUGUAUGAAAGGGUCAUUUCGGUCUGAAAUUCCUUGCCUUAAUAAAGGGCUUUUAUGCUUUUUGUGACCGUGAAAAAAUCUAGAAAACGUCCUGGUUUUGUGAUUGAUUCAUAUUUUAAAGGAGCUGUGUCACGAAAUUCAGCCAAAUUAGCAAAUUACAAAAUGCCCGUUAAAGUUAAGAGAAACAUAAAAAUAACCAAUUAAAACUCUAAAGGAAGGUUAAAAUACUCCACAACAGAAACAACAGAUGCCACGAAUGGGCAAAACUGAAGAAGAUUGAAACGGAUUCAAUGAAUUUAGGAUUUUUGAAAACUGUUCAGCCUAACAGUUUUUAAAAGAUGAUCCCUGCUGCUUGCAACUUCAAAAAUAAUGCUCAGGAGACAUAUUUGUUUGUCUCGGAUCUCUGAUUUUGUCAUUUACAUGUAAUUUCUUUGCUUACUUUAAGUUCCAUAGAGAUUGAGGGCGAGUAAUUGGCAAAAUUAAACAAAAUGAACUAGCCUGCCGUGACAGCCCCUUCAAAGACAGUGCAUUUUCAUCAUUUAAAAGGGCUGCAAAGUUCUAAAUAGCGAAACGUCCCCAGCGGCGAAGAGCGGGGAGAAACGGAUGUUUUCGCAGGCAAAGUUCUAAACUAAUAUAGGUCUGUGAAAGGGGUACCAUUUGUCAAUAGAGGGUAUACAAAAGGUGGUUACCUUUUCUUUCAAAAAUGGUAUAUAAAAGGGUAAGGGGUUGGACCGCAGAGCGGACCGUUCCCGUAUAAAACUUGGUUGAAUACCCCCCGGGGUGCUAAUGUUUAAACCAAAUUGGGACAUAAAAAUAUUAAUCGGGAUGAGUGAUUAAUGAUUCUUUGUCGCAGAAAGGCGGAUAAUUUUUAUCGCUUUCCUUUUAUUUAAAGAAGGCCGUAGAGGAAGAAAACGGCAAGAAGAGUUUGCUUAAGGCAGAGCUGGAGAAUGUUCUCGGCAAACCGAAAGACAGAGUAGUAGUAAGUUCUCAUUUUUUUAUUUUUCGUAAAUUUAUUUGAACCUUAACUUUUCCUUAACAUCUUUAAUUAUAACCCAAGGUCACUGGUAACUGGUGGAAUCGUAGCAACAUGAUAUUUUGACGUCAGCUGUUAUGCAAAAAGAAAAUUAAGACGUUCGAUGGCGCUUAUUAGCAAUUAGGUCAAACAAAACUUUUUCUUGAACGUUUCCAUUAAUACAAAGUAGCUUGCGGGCUUGCAGCCUCGUCCCCAGGGCUUUUCCCUUAUAAAAGGACGAGGUUGGCGGGCUUGUAUAAAGAAUAUCAAUAAUCAGCUAAGAACGUUCGUAGUUAUUUAAAUUGAAGAGAUGUCAAUUAUGUUUUUUCUUUUUUGUGCGAUUUUCUACCAUUUAGAAAAGACGUCAUUCCUCUGACGACAUGUCGGAAAGUUACCUCGCAGGCAUACGGUGA